UUGGGUACAAGUACUUUUGCUUUCUCUUCCCUCUCUUGCUUUUGAUCUCUGUCUGACUCUGACCUAAUUGUCUCUCUCUGUCUGUGUCUCGUCUGGCACUCGUAUUCACUUCCUAAGUCCGUCAAGAUAUAGCAGAAGAUCCAACUAAUUAGUAAUUCUGGUCUUAUCUUGGAUUCUCCUUCGUUCAUUGAGGAAGGAAGAUAGAGAUCGAGGUCGAUCAUUUAACUACUCAAGAGAUCGCGCGAGAUCAUAUAUAGAGAGAGACAAAGAGGCUGCUAGCUGGAAGAGAUGGGAAGUGGUGGUAAUACACAACAUAUUGCAGGAGGAGGAGGAGGGCAUCAGUUCGGAGACACAACAUACACAAAGGUGUUUGUGGGAGGGUUGGCUUGGGAAACCGAGAAGGAGACCAUGAAGAACUACUUUGAGCAGUUUGGUGAGAUCUUGGAGGCAGUUGUCAUCACUGACAAGGCCACCGGAAGAUCCAAGGGUUACGGAUUCGUAACAUUCCGCGAGGCAGAAGCGGCGAUGAGGGCAUGUGUAGAUGCAGCUCCAGUGAUUGAUGGGAGAAGGGCUAACUGCAAUCUUGCUUCGUUGGGUGUUCAGCGAUCCAAGCCUUCCACACCUAAGCACGGAGGAGGAGGAGGAAGGAACUUGAGGGUAAUGAGCGCAUUUCAGACAGGAUUUGGAGGAGCAGCUGCAACUUUUGCUUCAGCUGCAACCUUCCCUCAUUAUGGCUUCCAACAAGGCAUUCCUUAUAAUCUUUAUGGGUACCCUCCAUACUCCACGGAUUACACUUACCCAACGAGCUACUAUAAUAUGUAUGGAGGAGCAGCUGCAGGAGCACAGUAUCCCAUGUAUGGUACAGGGAUGAUGACCGGAUUUUACCCCUAUCUUCAGUUCGGGGAAGGGAGCGGAGGAGCAGCAACCACCACCGGGUAUGCCUCGGGCGGCCAAGGCUACGGUGUGCAAUACCCACACCACCACCUACUUCAGUAUUCAUCCAUCAACUCCACAACAGCAGCAGCAGGGGGUUACCCACACCAUUAUGGCCAUGGUGCACCCUUGUCCCUUGCCUCUACACCAGCUUUGCAAUCAGUGUGUUUUGCUGUGCCACAGGCGUAACAAUGGCCCUGCAAGCUCCUCCAAUUCCUCAUCGCUAGAGAUCUCCGUCAAGACUCAUCAUCCCAAGAAGCUAUGUAGCUCUCUCUACAUUUCUAAAUCUCUUUGAACCUUCGCCCUAACCAUGGUUUUUCAUUCUUUCUAACACAAGCCCAUGCAUGCAUGUUUCGCAUAGUUGGGAAAUAUGGCUCCCCGUAGGGGCUCAACCAUCAUCUCCAAAAUUGGAGAAUCAUCAUGCAUCUCUUUUUCUUCUUCUUUCAGGGAAAGAAAACAAAGGUUCCUUGAAGAGAAGAACCAAAUUGAGUUUUUUUUUUUGGUCCAAUCUUCAUUAGCCCUGGAAAGGCGCUACUUGAAAAAUAACCCAUUUUGUAAUCUUUAAUUAGCCUAGGAAAGGCUGAUCAUUUGAUUUUCAGGGAAAAAAAUGGCUUGCGAAAAUGUAAUAUAAACAAACAAGAUUAGCAGGCCCAAAUCAGUUUAAAAUGUAUUAUAGCUACCUAAUCCCUCCAACUAAAUCCAUGGGGGCGUGUGGGAUGCCCCCAUUUUUUGUCAAGCUAGCUAGUCUUAGGGUUCUAGUAAGUAGGACUUGUAUAAUCUAAUCUUUCUAGGUUUUUAUUUAGAACUAGGAUAUAUGAACAUGGAGUCAGUAAUUGUCCUUUUUGAUUAAUUAUAAAUGUUUUGUUUCAGAUGAAUCACAUUCCCUUUGGGAUAAAGGGAGAAAAUCUUGAUUAGUUAACUCAUCUCGUUAUUUUCUCUUUGUAAAUUCCUUCUGUGGAGCUAAAAUUUGGAUAUUUAGCUCCCAACUAUUAGGAGACAUUUGUUUUUCUAGCUAGGGUAUUCAGUACUACUUAAUUUGUUUAGGACGUACAUUUCAUCAGACCUCCAUUAAUGGAUGUGGAGAUGGUGAAAAUAUAUAUAGCAUCUGCAUGUAACCCUUGGGAGAUAUUUUGGGUUCCUUUGGGUUUCCACUUCCCUCUAACAACCAUGGUUAGGACUUAGGUUAUCCAUUCCUCCCACGCUUUCCUCUCUCUCUCUCGCUCUCUCUUUCUCUCUCCCCCUCUGUGGAACUUCUUCAUGGAGAUGCAACGUAUUGCGCAUGCUACUCUUAUAUAUAUGAUAAACCUGCUGCUGUCUGGACUGUAAGUAGGAUUAUAUUCAACUUAAUUAGGGCAAGAUAUCUCUUCUUCACCGUAAGGAUGGUUGGAGAUGGGUAUCUGUCUGCUUACUAUUAUGCUUUUUUGAUUAAUUCCAAGACUUCUUAUAUUCAUGCUUACUUCUGCUAAUGCUUUGUUCAUCAUAUCAUAAAACCAAAUUCAUAUGAUAUAUAUUCUCAUAUGCUCCAAAUU